CUGUAAGAUGCCGGAGCCAGCUAAAUCCGCUCCUGCUCCCAAGAAGGGCUCCAAGAAAGCCGUCACCAAGACGCAGAAGAAGGGUGACAAGAAACGUAGAAAGACUAGGAAAGAGAGCUACUCGAUCUACGUGUACAAGGUGCUGAAGCAGGUGCACCCGGACACGGGCAUCUCGUCCAAGGCCAUGGGCAUCAUGAACUCCUUCGUCAACGACAUCUUCGAGCGCAUCGCCGGCGAGGCCUCUCGCCUGGCGCACUACAACAAGCGCUCCACCAUCACGUCGCGGGAGAUCCAGACGGCCGUGCGGCUGCUGCUGCCCGGCGAGCUGGCCAAGCACGCCGUCUCCGAGGGCACCAAGGCUGUCACCAAGUACACCAGCUCCAAGUAGAGCGUCUCGGAUCGUCAGUUUUUAACCCAAAGGCUCUUUUAAGAGCCACCCACCUUCUCAGUAAAAGAGUCGUUAGCACU